AGUGGAAAUACGCAGUUGUUUAGUGCUAAGGGAAAGAAAGGCUCACUAAAUUGCUGAUUGGAAGAAGUUUUUAAUCCCUGACUGAAAUUUAGCUAGGCACAUUUAGUUAUAUUAUUGUGUUGCAAUGAUUUUCAUUUCCAGUGCCAAAGGAAAUGGUUUCAUAUAACAGUAUUAUAUAUUGGCAGGUACAGUUUUGACUUUCAUAAUUGACAGAGUGGGAGCAAAAUAGUGUGGAAAAUAGACUGUACCUGUAUGCAUAGCUCUUCAGUACCUUGAGUGGAAACAUAAGCUGUCCCAUAACAUUUGCAAUGACAACAUCUCUUUGGCAGAUGCAGCUCUUCAUUGUAUUCUCAAUCCUGUAGGCUUCCAAAACCACAAUUAAUCUGGGUGUAAUUAUAACAGGCACCUGAUUAGUGGAGGUGUAUGGUUCUCCCUCUAAGUACAAAACAGCACAGGGUGUAUUGACAGGAUAAAAACAAACAAACAAGCAAAAAACACAGUUGUGUUGGCGUCUAACCCUGAUGAGUCAAUGAUCAGUUAUGACAGUGAUGUACAUAGGAUGCCCUAAAGAAAAAUAACUUGUUGCAUUUGUGCCUACCUUUCAGUUCUAAUAGGUGCUUUAUAUCUUGGCUGCAUUUCUGAUCAGGUCUGAAGCUGGAGUAGAAGGAGGAUGCAGAACUUUGCUCCAGAUGGGGGAGGAGGAGAAGGGGAGGGAAAAAAAGGGAAUUAGGACUGAUAUUUGAGUUUAGUAUUGAGGCUUUCAAACAGCAAAGUGGAAGAGAAUUUAAAAGAACUGGGAACAAAUCGGAUCUUGUGAGAUGACCAUGAAAUGUAAUAUUAAUUUCAUCCAUGCUCUUAUUCAAAUGUGUGUUCAUUUUAACAGUAUUUAACUAAGUUCUAGCUGAUAAUUAAAUUUAAAUGUUAGUGUAUGAAGCUCCAGUAAAGGAAAAUGCUUGUUUAGUAAACUGUAACAGGGCAUAAGCAAAGUAUGUUCCUGAUUUACUUUUUCAGGUGAUCCAGUUGUGUUCAAUACAGUUUUAAAAUUUCUAGUCCUUAAUGCCAAGUCUUGUUGCCAUCAUAGCUGUAGUGUGGGUGGAAAAGCCAAACCAGAAAUGAGCAGAUCUAACUGUAAGCUACUUUGCAUGUUGUCAAUUGGCUAUAAAUUGCAGGAGCCAUUGACUCAGUGGAACAAAGUGCAUGAUUCAGGUAAGGGAACUGUGUAUUGCUGUAUCUAGCAACAGAUCUUCACUGAAUUUCCAUGUUUCUCUAAACCACUUCUAUCAGCCAAUCAGUAACUUUUAAUUCUGUAGUCUGUAGCUUUUUAAUUCAUUGUGUUUAAUAUGAUCAAUUACUACGUUACAUAAGAUGCAAGGAAACUGGAACAUUAACUUUUCUUUUUAAUAUCGUUUAGAUAUUUUCAGGUAUUACUCAGCAGUCUUAAAAUUAGCACGUCUUGCUUCCUUGGAUUUUACUUUCCUCUGAAGAUUGGUGAGUCUCUGGUCUAAUGGGAAGAGGAUUCUAACGUGCUCAGUGCAGACAGUAAGGCAACAGACAACUGUUCUAUGGAAUGCUGUUAUGCAGCAGAAUUGUUGGUGCAAAACAAAUACUGCAAGUAUCACAAGGGGCUAUGUUUUUGGUUUCUUGCUGUAUAUAGAUACUUUACUAUUAACUUUUUGCUAUUCAUUGAUUUUAUUUCAUUCUGACAAUAUUUUCAAGAUGUCACAGUAAAAAAUGUUUAGAACAACACAACUUGUGUUAAAAAAGAGAUGAUUAUCUGCUGCUUUUGUUUUAUGAAUGUAUAUAUUCACUUCUAAUCUUUGAGUAUCUUUAUUAAUUCAAAAUGAAUGUGUCUGCAUGCCAUCAGUGUGCCUAUAGAAAGAUCCAUUUAAGAUGCAUGUGACUGUCUCUCUUGUCUAACAGCAUGCUAUAAAGAACUCUGAACUCCCAAGAUUUCUGUACUGAGAUCCAUUUUGAUAAGAAAAAAACAAAUAGCACUGAAUGCAGAUGUACGUUGAUGGAAUAUGUUGUUAGAUUGGGUUAUUGAGUGAAAAUUCUCUUAGUGUUGAAAGUGGCAAGUUUGAAAUUAUUUUAAUGUUUUCUAAUAUCUCUAUCCUUGUGAGGGAUUAAGAGAAUCCAAUUUGUUAUGGAACUGUGAUCUGAAUAUUUGAAGCUUUUCAAGGUUGUUGUGAGUAGUGCAGUCUAGAUGUUUCUGGUAACCUACUUUGUGUUCAUGUGCUUUUUCUGUUAUGGAGGGUAUAAUCUAAGUAUCUUAGAAUGGAAAGUAUAGAUGAGGAAGAUGUUAAAGGAGCAUUUUUGGAUAGAUUUUGUGUUGGGAAGUACUGCUUGCAAUUGGUAAGGAUGGAUUGUAAUUCUUUAAAAAGGUAACUGUAUGCUUUAGAUAUAUUUUUAAGUAGCUAUUAUGUAAAAUAAUUUAAAAUUGAAAUUUAGUAUUUCAUCUCUGUGUUUCUCCACUUGUCUGUGUAUUAAACAAGAGGACCCAAGAUGGUGUCAGGUUUAACCAUAAUUCAUCCUCUAGGCCUUUUCUAAAGCUUAGAUGAAGAGUAAAUUGAAUACUUUACAGACCUAAAGUUAACAUUGGGAUCCCUUCCCUGUGCUGGUUUUACAUCGAGUCAAAACAGUACAGUGAAUGAGAUAUCAAAUGAAUAGAGAAGUAAUUUGUCAUUGAAGAUUUUUUUGGUAGAGAGUCUGUCACUGGAAUUGUCAAUGGGGUGGAGAGAAUGCCUUCAGUUUUGGCCUGCUUUAUGUUUUCUGUAAAGAUGAAAGUUUGGAGCAAGCUAGAUUUCUAUGGGGCUCAUAAAGGUGGAUCCUUCUCAUUUCUAAAGCAGAGAUGAAAGGAGAAUGUUUGCUCUUUCCUUUAGAAAGUGUUAACAGUUUAUUUUCUUAAGAUCUGUUGUGCAUUUUUUAAAAACACUUUAGCCAAUUUCCAUCCUCUUGUUUUUCUCAAAGAGGAUGUUUUCUGCCAUCUUUUGUUCUGAGAUGUUGCAAAUACAUUAGAAGUCUCACCUGGCAAGUGCCAGUUAGUAAUUACAGGUGAGUAUUUUGUCCUGAACAGCAUGAGUUGUUUAAAGUGAUUUGUAAUUAUGCAUUUCCAGGUUAAAUGCAGAACCUGAUGGAUGGGAAAAGCUACUGUAAUCUCAUGGACAAGUUGGCCAUUUCUGCUGACACUCAGUGCAUACAGCUGCCCCGGCCUUUCUGUGCAGACCCACUCGUCAUGUUUCACAUGUACCCAGAAACACCAAACCAGGUCGCUUGCUCUGAAGAUCUGUCAUUUCUUCCUUUCAUGUCUGACCAUUUCAUCACAGAGAACUUCUACAGUGAGCCCUGUGGCUUUUCCUACCAAAUACCCCACUGUAAUUACAACAGGAGUGAGUACUCCUAUGGGCCUGCUUUCAUCAGGAAGAGGAAUGAGAGGGAAAGGCAGAGAGUUAAAUGUGUCAAUGAAGGCUAUGCUAAAUUGAGACAUCACUUACCUAAGGAAUACUUAGAGAAACGGCUCAGCAAAGUAGAGACUCUCCGUGCAGCAAUAAAAUACAUCAGGUACCUACAGUCUGUUCUGUACAGUGACUCCAUGGCAGCAGACAAAAAUGUCAUGGAGCCAAGCCAAGCACCUAAAGCAAUUAACAAACAAAACCAAUUUUUGAAGGCUAUCUAAACUGUUCCAAAUCAAGGGAAAGAUAUCCUGCAUGGAAGCCUGGUAGCCACUGCUAUGAUGUUCAUGAUGUUCCUGAAACAUCUAGGAGCAGAUCAUACUACAGAUUGAUACCAGCCCACAGAAAAGCAUUUUAGUUUUGAAGGUAGUAACUGCGCUUACAGAAGUGUGACUGGAAAAUCACAUCUGAGUGGCCUCAGAUAAUUCAUGGAAAUUGGAAAGCACAUCUAAAAUUGUUACCGAACAAAAAAUACAAUACCUACAAGUGUGAAUUAAUUGUAUGUGCCAUCACAUUCUUCGUGCUUUGAAAUAAAAUAAAGUCUUUCCAGUGGUGAGGCUAAAAUUCCUUUAUUUUUCAGUAAUGUGACUGGUUUGCUCUCCUAUGCUCUUUCAUAGUUUUUUGUUCUUAUUGCCAGUGUUUCUCUUAGAAAGCGAGGUGGUCUUUAUAAAGGUAAAUAAAGGAAUGUUGUUCAAAGCCAACAAAAUGGAUAAUUUAGUUUAAAAGUGGAAGGAAAAGGGAGCAGUUCUCUGAAACAUUGUCACUGGGCGUAGGAAGAGCAUGACAUCUUGCAAAUGCAGUUUUAUUCCUAUGAGUAAAAAUUUUGAUCUCUUUCAAAACUGUUGAUUCAGCCUAAUUUCUAUUGAAAUUCUAUGGAAAUUCUUUUCCAUCUCUCCAUGCACUUAAAAAUUAGGACUGGUUGCACAAUACAGAGAGGGUUGGCAAGAUUCUGGCCUGGGAAGAAUUGUGUCCUGCGAAAGAAAUUCUUCUGGGAUCCUAUUCCCCUUAGUCUGUUUCUCUGUGUUAUCGAUGAUUUCAGCUAAUCAGUGUAGAACAGAUUUAUGCCAAGAUGGUGAAGAGAGUUUUAUCUUGUGAUUAGCAAAAUGUUCUUAACUUUUGCCGUGUGUCAUGGUUGGCAUUUAGCAGCAAUUUGGCUGGCAGCACGAGAGCAGUUCAUCUCUGGUUACAGCAAAAUGUAGAGAAAACAAUUCCAGACUUUGUAAGAGCUGGCAGUCCUUAAUUACAGUCAUCCAUCCCUCUGUUCUCAUGUUUUAAUAGUAGUGAAUUGAAAAAUGCCUACUAAAUGCAAUUAAGUAUUUCCCUGCCUGCACCGCACAGACAUAUCACAUAUCGAGGUUUGAACAUUUGUUAAGGAGGAAAUGAAGAAUAGGGAUCACAGUAGAGAUUAGCAGAAAGAUUUCAGUAUGGUUCUCUGACAUUUUGGAACAGAUUGCCCAAGGAGGUUGUGGAUGCCCCAUCCCUGGAGGCAUUUAAGGCCA